UUUCACGUUUGGAAAGUGGACAACCUUGUUUGCGUCUAAGUAGCAUGAUGCCACUAUAGCUCGUCUAAAGGAGUAGUCCAGCAGCUACCGAGGGGACGACACAACCCUAUCAAGCAAUAUUGGCGGCAAAGCUUCCUCCGGUGGACCCAACAACAGAGCAAAAACGACUGGAGCAAGCUCGCUAGGACUCCGACAGCACCGACGAAGCUUCCUCAGGGAACCUCUAAUACACUCUUCAAGCUGAGUCAGCAAGGGGGUUCCGACUUGUUACUCUUGGAGCUCUUAGCGGGCAAUGAUGGUGGAUACUUAAGAUCAAGCUCCAGAAAUUGAGUCAAAUGACUUAGAAGAUGGCAACGUGGCCCCAGUUGCGACCUUCGAGGUGCUUUAAGAAAUUCACCCUAAUCAUUCGUAGUGAUCCACAUGCCCAAUUCCUAUAUUUAUAUUAACUGUCGCGUCAACAUUGACCUUGACAUAUCAUGGGGUCCUAGAGAUUCAUACCAUGAAUUAUCUGGGAACCUAGAAGCUGAGCAAGACGGUUAUAUUUUUUUUUUAGAGAGAACACAUUCACCCAAAAUGUUGAAGGGUUCUGAUGCUACUAACGAGACUCACCUGGUAGAAUGUUCCGGUGUGGUGAAAGUGAAAUCUAAAGCUUCUGAAGUUGAGAAGCCAUUUGCCUUGACAGAGCACCAUAGCUCAGACCCAAACAUGAAAAUAAUCAAUGUGAUUGAGCCCAACCCUACUUCUGCUCCAAUGGCUGAGGCUCCACUAGUCCAAGAAGAUUGGGUUAUGUGUGAUAAGUGUCAAAAGUGGCAUCUACUUCCACUUGGAACAGAUCCUAAAAGUUUCCCGAAGAAUUGGCUUUGUAAAAUGCUUGACUGGCUGUCGGGUCUUAACCGCUGUAGUAUUAGCUAGGACGAGACAACGACGGCUUCAAGAGCUUUAUACCAGUUUUCUGCUGCUGUCAUUACUACGCCUGCUUCCGAGGCACAGACAAAAAAUCAGAAUGAACAUCAUCAUAGGAACCUCGUAGGAUUUUCUACAGCUGAUGUUUUUCAUUCAGAUGUGGAGAACAGAAAUCACAGUUUACAAAUUGCAGAUGCUAGUGGUAAGAAGAAACAGGGAUCCAAAGAUUCUUUAGAUGAAAGCAAACAAUCAGGUGAAAAUGGGCAUAAAAAGUAUUACAGACAUUCAAGUACCCCAGUUGUAGAGAAGCAAAACAAUAAUCUGAAAGUGAGAAAACUGUUGCUUGACAGCAGGACUUCUGAUGGAGACAAAGAACAAGUCAGAGACUGAUUUGGUUAAUUCCAUAACCUCUAAGAAGGUGAAAAGAGAUGGCUUAUAUGACGAUAAUGAAAAGUGGACCGCUGGCAAGGCCUGGGGUAAUGCAGAACCUAGCUCAAGCGCUGGUAUGGUUCAGGCUGUGUCACUGAUGGAUCAGCACAAGUACAAAUGUAGAAAUUCAAAAACUUCAGAUAAAAACCUCCAGGUUCGUAAUCCAGUAAAUUCAAGUGAUGAAUCACUGCAUGUGAGCAAUUCCUACAGUAAGGACUCUUCGAAGAAGAGGAAAAGUAAUGGGAAUCCAGUUAAUUGAGGUGAUGGAUCACUGCAUGCAGGCAAGUAUGGAAGUAGGGGGGAUACUUCUAAGAAGAGGAAAGGGAAUGGGCUUCAUCGUUCAGAGACCUACAGUAAGCCUGUUCCUGUUAUACCCGCAGAAACUUGUGAAAACAGCCAAGGGAAAGGCAAGGCAUUAAAGGAUUUCAACACUGAGGUAAAACUUCUUGUUGGAAACAGAUUCAAUGAAGGAAAAGAUGAAAGGGACAGCAAUAACGGCCAACAAAUAGCGCAGUACCAAGCCACUACAAAAAGGCAUUUAGGCACACAGCAGCCUUCCACAACUUCCACUUCAAGCUCUUCUAAAGUUUCUGUCUCACGAAUGAACAAAAUUAAUCUCUCGGAACUGAGGUCUUUCCGUGUAGAUUCAGUGUCUUCAUCUCCUUUGAGAAUUCCUGGGGUAGUUGGAGCAAAUGGCGGGGGCAGUUAUAUGUCUGGGAUGGUUAUGAAGGAUGGAACUUGGAAUGAUGUUCAUAAUAGAUCCCUUGAUCAUCAGGAGGUGCCUUUGGGUCAUAUACCAAGUUUUAAAGUGAACCCAGGUACUGUUAUUGUAGCAGAGGAUGAAAAUAAAGUUGUAGGAACUUUGCCUCCAUGCAACCAGAAUGCUUUUAGAGCACAAAUAUUGGAGCAGGGUGAAGGCGGGGGAUGGAGUUGUGAUCUUUUGAAUGAUAAUAGUGUACCCACCGAGAAGAUGUUCGGGAAGGGUUCAUCUUCUAAACCUAAAGACAAGGUUAGGAGUUACAAAAAUGAUCUUGAUAGAUUGAGUGAUAUUGAUUCUUUAGAUGAAAAGCCCUAUUCUAGAGAAAAAUUAAAGGCUGGGAAAAAUAAAUUUCCAGAUAGAUCUGGUAAUCAUUCAGAUAACACUUUGGCUACAGAUCAUAGUGAUACAUUCUUGAAUGAGAGUGUUAAAGAAGAAAUUCACUUAAAGCAUGCUGACAAUAAUGGUAGGAAUGUCAAGGCAGACACCAUUUUUGGGCUAGAUAAGGGGCAUGUUUUAGUUCCAAAAAGAGGAGAUGAAUCCUAUAAGAAUUAUAUUUCCGGCAGAACUAAUGGACUUCCUACAUCUGGAAAAGGGAAAUCGCUACAGCCAUUACCAACAUUUCAACAGUCAAUUCUUGGGUUACAAAAGGAAGAUGCAAAUUUGUUGGCAGUAGAUGAAUUUGAAAAUGAUGCUUCAAAGGCUAGGGAUGGUAAUAAAUUUCAGAGCCACAGUAGGGACCAACCUAAUGCUUCAAGACACUCUACCUCAAUUCUUAACAAGGCCCAUGUUGAUGAUGCUUCCUCUCUAGCGCAAAAGGAUUCCUCCAAUCAAGCUACUGCAAGUGCUGUAAUAGAAGCGAAAAAACUUAAACAUGUGGCUGAUCGUCUCCAGAGUUCUGGAUCAAGUGACAGCAUAGGAUUUUAUUUCCAGUCCGCCUUAAAGUUUCUCACAGCAGCAUCUUUAUACGAUUCAUGCAACGUUGAUAGUAAGAAGCAGAUCGAAAAGGCUAAGUCGGUGCAAAUUUAUAGUGACACUACAAAACUCUGCAAAUUUUGUACUCAAGAAUAUGAAAGAUCCAAUGAUAUGGCUGGUGCUGCUCUUGCCUACAAAUGCAUGGAGGCCGCAUACACGCACGUAAUUUAUCACUCACAUUCCAUUGCAGAUAGAUAUGGAACUGAACUACAGAAAGCUCUGUGUUCUCCCCCAGGUCAAUCCCCUUCCUAUAUUGACAAUUUGAACAAUCCAUCAGCUGUAGACAAGGGUGGCUUAGCCAAAAAUGUUAGCCCUCCUCAAGUGGAUGGAGAUCAUACUGUGAUGACUAGAAACCGUUCCAAUAUCACCAAUAUCACACGGUUAAUGAAGUUUACUGAAGAUGUUAAUCUUGCAAUGGAAGCUUCAAAGAAUUCAAGGGCUGCUUUUGCAACUCCAAAUUCGAGAAUAGGAGACGAGAUGAGCAAAGAUGGUAUUUCAUAUGUUAAAAGGGCAAUUGAUUUCAGUUUCCAGGAUAUGGAUGGAUUAUUGCGCCUAGUUUGUGUUGCAAUGGAAGAAAUCAACCGCUAAAGGGUCGAAGUGAGAAUAGCAAGGGUAUUUUUCAUCUACUGUCAAUUGAGGAAGAGGAAAUCAUUGGAUUGCAACUGUCUUUGCAGUACACAUCUGAACAGUAAUAGCCGCACAUUGAGUGUUACUGUGCACUUUUUAAGGCAUCUGUGGCUCCUUCCCAACUUGAAUAAGGAUCCUGACAGGAGUAAAUAUCAGCAUUGCAAAAAACUGAUCCCACUAACUUUCAGCUCCUACAGCCACUAUGUAGCAGGCAUCAGUAUGCGGUAACUUGAUAUAACAUUUCUGGGAAAGACCCUUUAGAUUUACAUCAUUAAAUGGGAUCCUCUGGACAAAAAAGUCAUGGAUGCAAUGCUUGCAAUGAUGGUAGAACUGUUGGAGUAGGUUGUAGGUUAUUAUAUCAGAUCCAGUCAAGGAGGAGAUACCACAAGCAAGAUUGAGUGAGAUUUCUUCUGAGUUCUGACAGAGUAAGGAUCAACCUCGUGUUUAUGGCAGGUCUCGCUUUUUUUUCAGCAAGGAGAAUUUGUUCCCAACUUCACACUGCUACCGAAUUUUGUCUGUGUGGGGCGAGAUAAUCCUAUUUAUAUGGUGUUUGGUCCACUUGUUGAUGUUGUACGUCCCAUUCGAUGGUUUGGGGCGUCUGGUUUAGGUGGUCAGUUUAGACCCAUUUGUCCACCAUCCAGUUAUCCAUCCCGGACUGAGGCACCUGAAGUUUGUUUAUGCAAUGGUAACUUCACAGAAACCAAGGUGACAGUAAAUAAUAUUGUGAAGAGUAGAUGUCUGUAACAUCUAUUUAUGAUAUUAUAGAAUCCGUUGCAGACAAGCUUGCUAACAUCUACGGAGUAUUUCUGAUUGAUUAAAAAUUUCUUCAUAAUUAAUAGUCCAAGCUCUUUAUUCAUUUUUCCUUCUUCUUUUUUGUAUAUAUGUGACAUUUUUUACUUGCCAAAUGCAAAAACCCUGCCCGUCUUUUAGUUUAUCUAGAAUGCAUUUGUAAGUAUAUAAUUCUACACAUUCUUUGUAAUGAAUAAAAUGAUUUUUCCGAAUGUGAUAGAUUAAAACGAUCUGUUGCUGUCUUGUCA